GGUGGUUUGACGACACAUUUCACCGCUCAGCGGCAAUACAAGACUCGUGUGUGGUGGCAGUCCCGAUGCUAACUUAAGCUGACGUCUCUUUCAUUUUCAUUCUAAAGGGAUGGCCUCUCUAUAUGUGUCCCCCCAUCAUGACGACUUCAGAAGCCUUCAGGCUCUCAUUGCCGCCGAGUUCAGCCCCUCUCAUCCUCGCACCAUCACAGAGGACCCGCAAGCCGGACUUCCAGCCCGCCCUCGGCCCACCCUUGUCCUGGGUCAUGGCGAGGAGGAGUUGGUCUUGACAGGGUCCAGUGCUGUCAGUUGGUACCUGGCCUCUCAGGGGAAGAGAACUGGGACAGAUGCUAAGCAACAGAGCCAGGUGUGGCAGUGGAUGAGCUUCGCUGAUAAUGAGCUUGUUCCUUUGUCCUGUGCUGUGGUCUUCCCACUGCUGGGGGUGAAGGGUGUGGACAAGAAGCUCCAACAGAGUUCUCGAGGAGACCUCCUGUGUAUUCUCAAGGUGUUGGACCAGUCUCUAGAAACCAAAACCUUCCUGGUGGGAGAAGCCAUCACUUUAGCUGAUAUCUCCGUGGUAACAGCCAUCCUACUGCCUUUCAAAUACGCUUUGGAGCCCGCAGACCGAAAAUUUCUGGUCAACGUCACCAGGUGGUUCAGUACCUGUGUCAACCAGCCAGAGUUUCUGAAGGUCCUGGGGAAAUUUACUUUGUGUGAGAAAAUGGUUCCGGUGACUCCCAAGACCAGCCCAAGCCCCGCUGCUAAUGCUGCUAAUGCUGCUAAUACUGCUAAUGCUAACCCAGCCGAUCCUCCUGCUGCUGAUGCUAAUGGCCCCCCAAAGACAGAGGCCCAGCUGAAGAAGGAGGCGAAGAAGAGAGAGAAGUUGGAGAAGUUCCAACAGAAGAAAGACACGGAGGAGCAGAAGAAGAAACAGAAGCCAGAGGGAAAGGAGAAGAAAGCCAAACCAGAGAAGAAGGAGUUGGGGGUGAUCUCAUACGACAUCCCGACCCCACCUGGGGAAAUGAAAGACGUGCUGACCCCGCUGCCUGACUCGUACAGCCCCCAGUAUGUGGAGGCAGCCUGGUACCCCUGGUGGGAGAAGCAGGGCUUCUUCAAGCCAGAGUACGGGCGGAAGAACAUCUCUGAGCCCAACCCCCGUGGCGUCUUCAUGAUGUGUAUCCCUCCGCCCAACGUGACCGGGUCUCUUCACUUGGGCCACGCCCUGACCAACGCCAUCCAGGACAGUCUCACGAGAUGGUAACUAGCAAUCCUGCUACGUGCUAACUC